AUGCUGACGGCGCGCAAGGUCCCAAGGGCCUGUCAAUCAUGCCGUCUGCAGCUACUAUCGCUAUUCGAGAACGGAUUCACGAGACCGAGGACGAAUAAUUCCGCGCGAUACAACAGCACUUCUCUGCGCCCUCAUCAUCAACGAACUGUUCGUCUUGACCACUACGCUUCUACUCGGCGUUUUACAUCGGGGGCGCGAUCUUCUAAGGAUGUGGAAUCCCAGCUAUCUGGCGCGUCAGUUCCGGAUAUCGAGGCGGUGGUGAGAGAGGCGCGGCAGACGUUUGGAGAGACUCUGCCCAAGGAUUAUCUGUCUGCGGAGGAAUACAUACUAUAUGAACGUCUGUAUGGGGCACCGCUGCGAGAAACGAUGGCGGAUGAUUUGGAGUAUCUGCCGGGUGGGGAGGAGGAGGUUCAGGAGGAGGUUGUGCGUAAUGUGCUUUUGAGGGAGAAUGCAGAUGGGGAGUUUGAAGAGAUUGAACUCGAUCCUGAAUUAUCCUUUCCUCAUAAAGCUGUUCAGGAACUGGCAGAGGUGUGUGAGGUGGCAAAUGCGUUGGGUUUGGGUGGUCCCCAGGGGAAUGAGUUCCCUGGUAAUGAGUUAUUGGAUGGUGCUGUGUCUGAUAUUGCCCUGGGCGUUGAUGAGAAUGCUUUGGCGGCCGAACGUGAGGAAGUAUACGUCCAGGGCAGGAAUCAACGGGAGAUCGAUGCAAUUGCGCGGUUACAGAAGGAUAUGGCUGCGAUGGAAGCACGACCGGCUGAGGAGGAAGAGGAAGAGGAGGAUUAUAUUGAGGAGGAAUACGAGGAAGAUAUCGAGGAGGAUGAAGAGGGCGAAGAACGCGAGCCAGAUGCAUACCUCGACUCCAAUACCCUUCGAACACAUCCGCAUACCAUGACCGGCCGAUCAGGAACCUUCCCCACGACCAUUUCAUUGCCACAUGAACAGCUCAUCGAACCCAUCUCUGAGCUGUUGGAGCGAACCAGUAUGAAGCAUAUCUCAGAAGCAGCAGAGAAACUGUUUGGCGGCCCAGGUCUUCCCAACUCACCAUCAACGCGGGCAUCCAAAAAACAUCUCCCCCAAACCCAUAUUGCGCUGGAUGCUUCCCAGCACCGGAUGACCGAGAUAGAGGCCGAUACAUAUAUCAGUGCUGUUAUGCCCGGUAUAUAUGCCCCCGUUGUGGGCACGUUGGUAGAAGUUCGGAAGAGACUGGGAUCUAGUUGGCUUCGUGAUCUACUUCUCCGGAAAAAUGGAAGUGCCAGAGUACUGGAUGCUGGUGCAGGAGGAGCUGGUGCAGUGGCAUGGCGUGAAAUUGCACAAGCUGAAUGGGAUGUGAUGAGCGAGGAAGGCAUCGUUCGUGGCCCAAAUCCGCCGACUGGGAAGACGACAGUUCUUGUCGGCGCCGACACCCUACGGCAUCGAGUCUCAGGGCUGUUGGAGAACACCACCUUUCUGCCUCGUCUUCCUGAUUAUGUCCAUUCGUCUAGGUCAUCGGCACAUGUUGAUGGCGCUGCAGCACAGGGCCGGAAGACUUACGAUGUUAUUAUCGCCCCGCAUACUCUAUUUCGCCUAAAGGAGGAUUUCCGACGGAAGAAUAUGGUGCAAAACCUCUGGUCUCUCCUAGAUCCCAAUGGAGGCGUCCUUAUUCUCAUUGAGAAAGGCGUGCCUAGGGGCUUCGAAGCGAUUGCCGGUGCCCGAGAGCAACUUCUGGAGAAAUAUAUCUCGUCGCCAGGGGAUACUGCCACCGAGAACGAGAUUGAAUCACGAGCAUCAGAAAAAGCCCGAUUCGCCGAAAAGGAAGAUGGCAUGAUCAUAGCGCCGUGCACCAACCACUCAAAGUGCCCUAUGUACCUAACGCCAGGCCUCAGCUCCGGGAGAAAGGAUUUCUGUCAUUUUAGCCAGCGCUUUAUUCGUCCCCCUUAUUUACAACAAGUUCUAGGUGCGUCGCUGCGGAACCACGAAGAUAUCAAAUACAGUUAUAUAGCUGUUCGACGUGGCGACGAUGCUAGGAAGGCUGAGUCCCCGCUCCUUCAAGGCGAUGCAGCCACGGACCAAGCCUUUGAGGGCUACGAAGAUCAUGACCUUCCCCAGUCCGAAGUUGGUGGAGAUGCAACUAGCACUGUCACGUUCAAUGCUCUUUCGCUCCCCCGCGCUGUCUUGCCCCCUCUAAAACGACGUGGACAUGUCACGCUAGACCUAUGCACGCCCUCUGGCAAGUUAGAACGGUGGACCGUUCCCAAAAGCUUCAGCAAGCCGGCCUACCGCGAUGCUCGGAAGUCAGCCUGGGGGGAUCUCUGGGCGUUAGGAGCCAAGACCAGGGUUUUAAGGUCACCGAGACUUGGGAGAUCGAUUGAAGACGGGGGCAAAGGCGGGAAAGUGAAGGGUAUCCGAGAUGGGAGAAUGGGCAAGGGUGGGAAGAAGGCGAAGAAGAAUGAAUUCGAAGUGCUCAUGGGCCCAGAGGGCUUCCAGGGCAUCCAGGAAGCGAGAAGCCGUACGAAAUUCGUGAGGCCCGAGAAGAGAACGAAGGGUGGUAGGAUUUACAAGGAGAAGAAGCCUAUUGGGGAGGAUGACAUAUAG